GUGGGAGUCUGACUGUCGCUCCAUCCGGCCAUAUUAAAGCUGCCUGCGACCACCUCUGAACCACGAUCUGGUGCCUGGACGGGGUUCUUUGUUUCUCACCUCUCACCUCGCCUCUGGUGACGAUACCGGACUGCAGACUUCGGCCCAGCAAUACCCUUCCUGCUCACCUAGCACUGCCGACUCUUCAUUGCUCCUCGAGGUUAACCACCUACCGGUCUGCAGCAUGGCGUCUCAGACGCCGGCCGUUGUCAUGGACAAUGGUACUGGCUUCUCUAAACUUGGGUUCGCCGGGAACGAUGCUCCCUCAUGGGUAUUUCCUACCGCUAUUGCGAUGAAAGGUCCAGGAGGCGGAGCAGCAGGUGCAGGCUCAGGAAGACCAGCCCCAGCCAAUAAGCCUUCAUACCUUACGGGCGGCGCAGGCCCAAGUUCGAAUUUGGCGGGCAAACGUGGAACAGAAGACCUCGACUUCUUCAUUGGUGAUGAAGCUCUUGCAGCCUCAGGAGGUCCAGGAUACAGCAUAAACUACCCCAUCAGACAUGGUCAGAUCGAGAAUUGGGAUUACAUGGAACGCUUCUGGUCAAAUUCCAUAUUCAAGUACCUGAGAGUCGAGCCUGAGGACCACUACUUCCUUUUGACAGAACCGCCCUUGAACCCCCCGGAAAACCGCGAGAACACCGCCGAAAUCAUGUUCGAGUCGUUCAACUGCGCCGGCCUCUAUAUUGCAGUCCAAGCCGUUCUUGCUUUGGCUGCCUCCUGGACAUCUUCAAAAGUCGUCGACAGAUCUCUCACCGGAACCGUCAUCGACUCCGGUGAUGGUGUUACACACGUUAUUCCCGUCGCAGAAGGUUAUGUUAUUGGGUCUUCGAUAAAGAGCAUACCCAUCGCUGGUCGAGAUAUCACAUACUUCGUCCAAAGCCUGCUGCGAGACCGAGGAGAGCCUGAUAGCAGUCUGAAGACGGCAGAAAAGGUGAAGGAAGAAUACUGCUAUGUGUGCCCGGAUAUUGUCAAAGAGUUCGCUCGCUACGACAAGGAACCCGACCGCUUUCUCAAGCAUACCGUCACUGCGCCCAAUGGCAGAUCCAUCACAAUUGACGUGGGCUAUGAACGAUUUCUUGCUCCUGAAAUAUUCUUCAACCCCGAAAUCUACUCCUCCGACUUCCUUACACCACUGCCCACCGUGGUCGAUGGAGUGAUCCAGUCGUCCCCUAUCGAUGUGCGACGAGGUCUAUACAAGAACAUCGUCCUCUCUGGUGGUUCGACCUUGUACAAGGAUUUUGGCCGCAGAUUGCAGCGAGACAUCAGACAUUUGGUGGAUGCCCGUAUCCGAGCGUCAGAAGUGCGAAGUGGUGGAGCGAAGAGUGGUGGGCUAGAAGUCCAAGUUGUCACCCACAGACGACAGAGGCAUGGCCCCUGGUUUGGCGGUAGUCUGUUGGCGUCAACGCCUGAGUUUCGGAGCUAUUGUCACACGAAAGCCGAGUAUGAUGAAAUAGGGCCUAGCAUUGUCCGGAGAUUUGCUUUGCUAGGUGGUCCAGGCAGUUCUUAGAUGGAAGGAUGAUGAAGUUUACGAAAGGAAGGAAGGCCCUGAGAGCAGAAAAAUGAAUCCGAUUCACUUAGAAUAUCACACCAAUGAGACCUCUCUCAAGCCUUUAUUAACACACUCUAUGCAGGAAUAAACCGCUCGAGUAAAAACAUUGUGGAAGAAA